AAGUGUUGCCACCUCGCUUGCAUACCAGUGGGACCUGUGUCUUGUUGUACUUGAAAACUUGUCACUUUUCCACUCCCAUUCUAAAAAAAAAGUACUCGCUGCCGCAGGAUGUCCUGACAACAAUCUUUUAGUGCAAUAUCGAAAUAUUUGAUUUGUUGUCUUUUAUCCAUGCUACAGGCUCAUAGAAGUAGACCCAUGUUUGUGAUCUGACCUCUGUUUUCUUUUGGAGUCCUUUUGAAGCCGAGACUUAUGAAUGAUACCUUAAGGCCAUCGACAGAGUUUUCUUAAGAAGAAAAUAGGUCAUUGCAGAAAUACUGCCUACAUCCCCAGUGAGCAACUCAAAAUGCUAAUCAAACAAACCUUAUGCCGAAAGUACAAGGCAAGAAAUAGGCUUUUAUCCUUCUCACUCUUGGUCUAUAUCACUGACAUAUCCACUUGAACUUGGGAUCAGAGCGUAUGUCGAUUUGUCCUGAAGAUACCACUUUUGGUGUCAACUACAUAGGACUUACAGAAUGGACAACAUCAGUUUUUCUUCUAUCCAAAAGUGUUAUCAGCGUGAUGUACGACCAAUAAUGGGUCUUGGGAGUCUUGUAUUGACUUAUAUGACAACGGUUCAUUUACUACGAUGAUUAGGGUUUUGUUCAAGCCAUAGGCCUGCUAGCCACAUAAAGCCUCACUCAUGUACAACAAAAUUGUCUAUUGGACAGAGUUUUGAAAAUCUGAUUCUGUUAAGAUAAACGCCUUCCUUUCUUUUCACACUCAUUUUGGUCGUUAAGUUCCACGUGUUGUCUCUGCUUGGUAAUUUGUUCUGGAAUUGUUCUUGGUGAUAUAUGAGCAUGAUUUUUACCAGAAUUCAGUUAUCCUGUAUUUGGUGCAAAGUUGGACUUGUGUGUCCUGCAGCAGAUAUUAGAAAUUAUUUCACUGCCCAAAGUUCCUGCUCCUCAAUCAAGCUAAUUGCAUUUACAUAUCUACCGGGGCAAGGUCUUUUGGUAUUUCACUUUGAUCACUAGCUGCACCGAACCCCUCCCAUUCCCCUCCCCAAAAAAUGUUUCUUACCAAUCGAGGGAGUUCUAUAAGCAGUUUCAAGGUAAAAAAUUUCCGGUACAAACAUCAACAAAUGAGUGCAAGAUGUGUCUCUCUCACACACAUCUGCUACAAUUAAAUUGUUUUGUUUGGUAUACUUGAAUAUUUACCCUGUCCGCAAUACUGCCUCUGCUCCAAUCUCUGUACUAGUAGUAUUUCUACUAUAUAGAAGAGCCAACAAUGAAACGAUCAAGGGCAAUCUGGAGUUUCACAGCACAAUACUUUGUGUAUGUCAAUUUAGUACUACGAUUUUGGGGUGAUAAAUGCACUAUAUAAUCAUCCAUACAACGCAGCUCUCACGCAAGAAAUCAUGGCUACAUGAUUUUCAACCCACUACGGAUGCUUGACAGUUGGCAAAUGAGAGCUUUGGGGCCAUUCUCGACCAGGGAGGAUUGGAUGCUUUAAUGGAGCCUAAGCUUGGAUCAAAGUUAGGAACUCAAUAUUUGUCUGAGGAUGAUUCAUAUCUUGAGAGUUACAUCAACACCAUUGGUGUGGACUUCAAAAUCCUCACAGUUGAACAGGAUGGGAAAACCAUUAAACUUCAAAUUAUGCAGUGGGAUACUGCUGGUCAAGAGCAUUUUAGGACAAUUACCAGCAGUUACUAUCGUGGUGCUCACGACAUAAUCGUGGUUUGUGAUGUAACCGAUCCAGAGCGCUUCAAUAAUGUCAAGCAAUGGUUGGGUGAAAUAGAUCGAUAUGCAAGUGAUAACGCGAACAAACUUCUUGUUGAAAACAAGUGCGAUCUCACAGCACAGAAGGUAGUUUCGACAGAGACAGCUCAGAAUCAUGCUUAGACCAAUGUUCAUGUUCUGAGAAUUGGGUGGGUAAUAAGAGGUGUUACUGCGCCUCUGCACAGAUUGCAGAAGAGGAGAAUUGGCAAAGAGAGUUGGAAGAGAAGGAUUUGAUCAUUGAUAGACUACCAAGGUUCAAUAGGGUGAAGCUUCCUAAAGGUAUUAAACUUUCAAAGGGUGAGAUGAGAAGGAUUAGUCAGUUUAGAGACAUGCCUUACAUUUCACCGUAUGAGGAUUUCUCUGAAAUAAGGCCUGGUACUUCGGAUAAGGAAAAACACGCAUGUGGUGUGGUUCAUGAAAUUCUGAGCCUCGCAGUCGAGAAAAGGACUCUUGAUGAUCACCUUACUCAUUUCAGGGAAGAAUUUAGAUUCUCUCAACAGCUGAGAGGCAUGCUGAUAAGACAUCCUGAUAUGUUCUAUGUCUCUUUGAAAGGGGAUCGAGACUCAGUUUUUCUACGUGAAGCUUAUCAGGAUUCACACUUGAUAGAAAAGAACAGGUUAUUGCUCAUCAAGGAAAAGCUUCGCUCCCUUGUUUCUCAUUCAAGAUUACCCCGGAGAACCACUCCACGAACUGAUUCUGCUGAAAUAGAAAAAACUGAGUCCAAAUAUGGAAUUGAUGCUGUAGGAAGAUGAAGAUUGGUCCGACAUUGAUAACUUAGGGACUGAUGGAUUAGAUGAAGAUGACGAUGAUGACUGGAGUGAUGAUGGUGAUGAUCUACCUCCCGACUUCAGUGAUGAUGAAGAUAGCAAACCGACUACACAAGUUAAUGGUGCACAGAAGGAGGAAGAAAAGAUUUUGGCCCCCGUGUUUCCAGAUGGUCGGCCUCAGGAACGCUGCUUCUGCUAUUGGCUUGUUCCAUUCGCGCGAGGUUUGAAGUCCCAGGGUAAAAGAUUCUUCCAUUCUCUUGACAUCCUGCGUCAGCGUUAGCUUAGCUAGCAUCUUUGCAUCAGAUUUACAGUUCAAUGUUGUCGUUAAGUUAAAUAUAUUUGCAUCCUGUUGUGAACUAAGUCUUGUAUUUACGUGAGGAAGGUUGAGGCCUGGGCAGCAACGGCCUGCUUCAUGAACCAGGUUUGGUAUUUAAGUUUGGAAGGGUAGAAGGGACCGGGCAUUAACGACAGACAUAUUUUUUCGGUUACUCAAAGAAAAAAAAAAAGAAUUGAUGAUGCCAUAUAUUCUUCUGCCAGCUCUUUGAAGUAAUGUGUGUGUGCUCUUGUGAGCAAAGGAUUGUAGAAUAAAAUGUCUUCUUCUCUUAAUCAUCAUAUCUCCAAGUCUAAACCAAAGUAAUAGAUGCCACUUGUAUCAUUAUUUGGUUAGUGGAUACUACUCAAGACACUAUCAAAGAUAUGGAUUCUACAAUUAUCAUUAUUCUUACAAAGUAA